GCUUCAAUCAGACGAUAGAGAGAACGAAUAGGUUUCCAACACUUCUCACCUAAUCUCUGUUUUCUUCACAGAUUCUUCCAAAUUUCCUUUUCUUCCCGAAAUUUGCAAGCAAUCACUCCCAAUUUAAUGGCUGGUUCUUCAAUCGAAAUCGUACCGGAUGCAAGAAGGGAUUUGAUUAGUGAACUCCCCGCAAAGGCCCAAACCAAACAUCAGAGAAUCGUACCGGAUGCAAAUAGGGAUUUAAUAAGUGAGCUGCCGUUAGAAUUAAAGGUGAGCAUUUUGGAGUGUUUGCCCACCCGAGACGCCGCCAGAACUGUUCUGCUCUCAACACACUGGAAUGAUGUUUGGUUGCGGCUUGGCCGGCUUGCUUUCGAUAAACACUUCUUCUGCGAUAUCCGAAAAUGCAGUGGUAAAAGUAUCGUGCCUUAUAAAAUAAUAACUUACAUUCUGUUGCAGCGUGUUCAACCCGUUAAGAAAUUUAGCCUACACCUCAGUGCCUUAUUUGAUCCUACGCUGGAGCAGUCGAAUUUGGAUGAGUGGUGUCUUUAUCUGUCAAGAAAUGGCAUUGAGGAACUUCACAUCUCUUGUUCCAACCACUGUUAUAAGCUGCCAUUUUGUAUAGUCUCGUGCCCCACUAUCAAGCAGCUGGAACUCUGGGAAUUGGGUAUUGAUUGCCCAAUAAAUGCACCUUCUAUUUUUCCCGUGUCAUUUCAUUAGUUUUCGUGGAGGUUCUUUUUAAUCAUAAUGUUAAUGGAAUUAUGUCUAGCAUUCCUAAUCUUGAGAAGCUGAAAUUGGUUCAUUGUGAAGGGAUCAGUAAUUUUAAGUUCAGAGUUCCAAAACUUGAAAGCUUGUCUAUUAUUAUUGGUUUUAAUCCUGACGUUGAAUCCAGAUGGCUUGCACCUCAUUUGGAAACAAUUAAGGUUCUUUGCUUGGAUCUUGACAGCAUGUCGUGGGAAAAUGUUGAAGUAGCCUCCUUCCCAACUGCAAUAAAUCUGCAAGUAAUCAAACUGGAUUCUAUAAACUUUGCCAAUGAAAAACAGGUCAUGGGUGUUUUGAAGUUGCUUCAAAAAUCUCCCAACCUAUGUGAACUACACAUUACAGCAAUAUUCUUGGAUGAUGACAUACAAGAUGAUGACAUACAAGAUGAUGACAUACAAUAUGAUGACAUACAAGAUGUUUUACUACUUUUGAAGGAUCCAGACAGUUGUAUUGUUCAAGAUCUAAAAAUGCUUAAAACAAUCAAGAUUAGACUGUCUACUAUAUCCACAGUCCACAUGCUUUUUGUGAAAAUGUUGCUCUCAAAAUCCCCUACAUUAGAGAAUGUUGUUUUUUUGGAAAAGUAUUCUCGUCAUCGGCAAUACAAUGACGUGACAAAAUUCCAAAGGGAGUUGUUGUGCUAUCCUCGUGCAUCUCCGAAAGCACAAAUUGUAUGGUGAAACUCCAUGGGUUCAGUUUGUAUGCAACAUAGAAAUGUAAGCAACGGUUGUGGUGGAAGUUGUAAGAUGAGGAUAAUACCUUGCUUGUUUCUAAGGUGUUGAUUAGACUCCAAGAAUAUCCUUCUUUAGUUUUUGCUUCUCUUAAUUGUUCUAAAUUUUACUUCAGAUAAUGUGAUGAUGUGAGUUCUUACUGCUUAGCCAAGUGUUUCUUAUGACUAAAAUGCAGUAGUGUUUCCAUUUUGAUGGCCCUAUUUCCUAUGGAAUAUAAUGCAACUUGUGGA